CAUUAUAUUUCUAAACAAAUAUCAAUAUAACCAAGCACUCUUAAAUUAUGUGUAUUUAAUUUAGAAAGGGCAACGUGAAUGGACUAGCUGUGGCCCGUUACGUCUCUCCUGCAUCGAUCGAGUCGACUGACAGACAGUAGUAGUUGGCUGUGGAGGAGUUCCUGAGUGAGGUGCGUAGCAGGGAGCUACCUCACAGCGCUGGGCUCGUCUCACAACCCACAGCUCUGAAGUUUCUUAUGGCCCGAAAGUUUGAUGUUCCCAGAGCCAUCGACCUCUUCCAAGCGUAUAAGAACACAAGAAUCAAAGAGGGCAUCAUAAAUAUCAACCCGGACGAGGAGCCGCUGCGCUCUGAGCUGUUGAGUGGCAAGUUUACAGUCCUGCCUGGCCGAGAUGCUAAAGGAGCAGCUUUAGCUCUCUUCACUGCCCGCCUUCAUCGGCCAGACGUCACUACCCACAAAGCUGUGCUGCAAGCCAUCAUCUAUCAGCUGGACAAAGCCAUAGAGAGUGUGCAAACGCAAAGAGAUGGGCUCAUAUUUAUUUACGACAUGACAAACUCCACUUAUGGAAAUUUUGACUAUGAGCUCUGUGUCAAGAUUCUCAAUUUGCUCAAGGGAGCUUUUCCAGCCCGUCUAAAGUGUGUCUUCAUUGUUUCCUCUCCUCUUUGGUUUCGGGCGCCUUUCGCAGUUCUCCGCCUGUUUGUGCGUGAAAAGCUAAGGGAAAGGGUAUGCACAGUAAAAGCCCAUGAGUUGAUCAGUCACAUCCCUGUCUCCUCCCUCCCUGAACAUUUGGGCGGAACGUCUCAGUACAGCCACGUGGCGUGGAUCCAGUCCUGUGUUAACAUGCAAACAAACACCAUUCAGGAUGAUGCGCACGACUGCGUGGGAAGAUUGCUGCGCUCUUACAGCUUAGAUAACAGCAACAAAAGUAUAGGUGUAACUUUGGCCCACUCUCACAUGAACACACAGCUGGUUAACUCUAACUGUCACGACGACAAGAAUGCUAACCCCCGUAACCACUGUGAUGCAGGGGACAGCAGGACUCGAGGCCUCGGCCAGUACCAGCAGAGCUCAAACUCUGCUUCCGACAGAUCUGAUGGGAACCACCAGCACUGGAACGGCUCCGCGGUGGGCGGAGCCGCCGAGAGUGUCAGUGGACCCAACGCAAACAUGAAUGGCCGUGGCCUCCAAGCUCCCCCACAGUCAGACACCCCUCCGGACACGCCACUUUCACAGAAGGAAGAGGGGGACGCUGCUUCUACGGCGACAGACUCGGGCCAUAAAUCUCAAAAUGAAGGACUAAAUGAGGAGGAUGAGGAGUGUGAUGAAGAGGGAGGGAUACCUUCUUUGCCUAAGAAAUCUCUUCCACGAGCACCCAACCAGUCCCCUCCCCUGUCUUCAUCGUGGGGACCCGAUGAAAGCUGCUACAUGGAAAUGUCUGUCCACGUGCCGGAUCAGGGAGGCAUGACUGUGUAUGAACUGGUGGAUUAUGUAAAGAGGAAGAAGAAGAGGGGCAUUUAUCAGGAGUACGAGAACAUCCGUAAGGAGCCUCCAGCAGGCUCCUUUGACUAUUCCAAAAAACUGUCCAAUCAGAUCAAAAACCGGUACAGCGAUGUUCUCUGCCUGGAUCAGUCACGCGUGCAUCUCUGCCAGCUCUGUGAUGAUGAAGACGAGACAUCUGAUUACAUUAAUGCGAGUUUCAUGGAUGGGUACAAGAGCCGCAACGCUUACAUUGCUACUCAGGGUCCUCUGCCAAAAACCUUUGGUGACUUCUGGCGGAUGGUAUGGGAACAGAUGGUACUUAUCAUUGUUAUGACCACCAGGGUUGUGGAGCGUGGACGUGUCAAAUGUGGGCAGUACUGGCCUCUGGAGGAGGGCAAGGCGGAGCAGCAUGGAUAUUUCUUGAUCAGGAAUACACACAUUCAGUUGUUUCAGGAUUUCCAACUCACUCACCUUGAACUGUACAACACACAGUCUGGCGAGAAACGUGAAGUAAGCCACUACCUCUAUGUCAGCUGGCCUGACUUCGGGGUGCCAAAAAGUGCAUCUGCCAUGUUGGACUUCCGUGAGCAUGUUCUUGAAAGAAGGAAGGCUGCCGUCCAAAACCUGGGGUCCAGCUGGAGGGGGCCUCCAUGGGGCCCUCCUGUUGUUGUUCACUGCAGUGCUGGUAUUGGACGUACAGGUACAUUCUGCACGCUGGACAUCUGCCUGUCUCAGCUGGAGGACGUGGGCACCGUAGACGUGCAUCAGACUGUGCGAAGGAUGCGCACACAGAGAGCUUUCAGCAUUCAGACCUGGGAUCAGUAUUAUUUUUGCUACACAGCAGUUAUUGAAUAUGCCCAGCGUCAUGGGAAACUGUCCCCAGUGCAAUGGUCUGACUCAGACUUGGAGACUGACAGUGAGUGAACAGCUUAACUAACCUAAGAAUGAGCGAGAAGCCGCAUUUCAAGGAGGAGGAGACGCUUCGUCCAUCAGGAUGUAAGAACUCAAGCUUUGCUCUUCCUCCACACGAGGUGGAGCUGAUGAAGAGUUGGAGGAGGAAAUACCUUGCAGUGGAAACUAUACAUUGAAUUCAUGAGCAAGCUGGCCUGCCACUAUUAAAACCCCUUUUUUAUUUAGCAGACAGACGAGGGCCUCAGCCUCUUCUUGUUGACAAAAGCGUCAUACAAAUUGUAGCAUUUUUUUUAUACUGACUUGCACAUGAGGAAAGACAAACUUGAACGGAAGCCCUCCAAGUCUUAGUCCUUGUCCCCUUUUUUUUAAAUUUUUUUAUUCCUUGUCCCUUUUUAGUUCUGAACAAGUAAUUCUGGUCACAGAUGGAACGUGACGGGCGUGACAAGGUCAAACUUGAGGACUUUUCUUUGUCAUUGUUUUGCUUUGGAAGUAAUGGUUCUCUGUCAGAGUUGUUGUGACAGAUUACUGUGUGAAGUCUUUUGUCCACUUUCUUUCUUUUGUCCAUUAUUUUUCUAUGGUUUCUUUUCAAUGUGCAUAUUUUGUGCAGACUAACUUUUCAAAGCCAAAGUCUUUACCCAGAAUGCUUUGAUGUAUUCCUUUACUGAGAUGACGUAGACUGAAGCCCAUGUAUAUUCUUGUAUCAUACAUUUAUACUUUAUUGUGCUUAAUAACACCAUUUGAAAUAAGAACAAAGAGAAAAAAAAGCCUUGUUGAAUAAAACAGACCUAACCUUAGAGGGACGUUCUAUACAGCACGUCAAGCUUUGUGAAAAAUAACAUAUUUGCGUUUAAUCUGAAGCUUGUCAUCAUUUUUGCUGUUUGAACGCAGUAAUUUGGCCUUAACUUGAUUCACUGCCUCUUUGUUCUCGGAUCCGAACCGUAUCUUAAACUGUACACUCUUAGUCUGCUCACUUUUUUGAAUCGCUCUUAGUACCGGAUCAAUUUGGUUUCUGAGGUCUGUUGUGCCUCUGAUAAUCGUGCCUUCACAUCGUCCUUAGAUUCAUGUUCUUGUAGGAAGUCAAAACACCCGAACUUCUGCACUGGCAUUGUUAAGUGUCGCACACGACUCCCACGUUUUGCCUAAAGUCCUGUAUACAGCACACUACUUAGAGUGAUGAGAAAGAAAGGAAAAGGAAUCCAGGAGUAAGCUCUAGCUGCAAACAUGGUUAUUUUAGCAUUUAACCUCAGGGGGUAAUAAUUGAUUUUCAGUUGUGUUUUUGUGUCUAGCAUCUCUUACUGGUUUUCCACCUGGUAAGUUAAUCAUUCAAAGAAAAAAAAAGAUACAUUUUUGUAUUUUAUUCCAUCUCACUGUUUCCUUUCUUUAACUUUUGCAUUAGCAAAACCCGUGAAUGUUGGUACGAAGCAGCGAAGAAACAUUUCUUUUCAUAAACUGGAUUGUCAGAAUCUAAUCUCUCUGAAUUUUAGUUAGGAAAAUGCAGUCCUGCUUGUAUUCUUAGGAGUGGUUUUGUGAAGGAAGUAAAUGUGGGUAAGCUAGCUUUAGUUACUUUUCAAAAUAAAUGACGAGUAGCACUCUCUGUCCCAAGAAAAGAAAAGCUAUCAGAGAAAUUAGCAAAAACAACCGUCAUCUUUUUGAAUAUGUAGUUCAUUUUUAGAGAGAAAAAAGUAUACUGUCCUAGUAUUUUACAGUUUUUAUACAUGGGACAUAAUUUUAUGCACACGCAUGUCCAUAUUUACCGGGUCUUUGGUAAUUACAUCCUCAGGUUGAUAACUGAUAUGUUGCUGUGGUCUCAACAAAAUCUAAACAAAAUGCCAAAGUAGUUGUGAAAGAAAUUGUGUUGCAUCAUAGAGUAGCUUGUAGAACAAACAUCCUCUGGUUGGAAAAAAAAAAAGCCCAAAUCGUAACCCUUCUAUUGCAGUCUCUGACAGUCUGUCCAAUGAAUGUUCAAUUGCUUUUGUUUUUGCUUUUUACAGAUUGUUAAGCAAAUUUGAAAUAGAUUGUAAUGUUUGGUUUGAGAGACAUGAUAUUUAGUUUGAUGUUUUUUGCUAAUUGAACUGACACUCCUCUGACCUCAUUUUAGAUGAAAUGUUCAUUUCUGGAAAUGUUUUCCAUUUAAGAAUUACGAGAAAUUAGUCAUUGUUCACAAGUUGACUCUUUAAAUGGAUGAGUGGUCGAUCAUCGUCUUUUCUGCUUUAUGUUUACUUGCAACACCUUCAUUUCCAACUCAAAGUCUGCUUUUACAGAGGUGAUCCCUUUUGCUGCUCAAGUGCAUUGGAUUGACAGCUGGACUGAAACUUGCCAGUUUUGUGGAAGUUUUUCACACACUGCUUUUGCACGGUGCCUUAGUUUUUGUUGUACAGGAACACGCUCUAAUAUCGUUUGUGUUGAUCUUCAUCUGAGGGUGCAUUUACCAAUCGACAUAUCCCGGUUAGUCUUUAUUUUAACAAUGUCCUGGUAUUGUAGAGUUGAAGUUGAUAUUGAAGCUUUGUUAUUUACACGGCUGUAGAUGCGUUAUAGAAGCAGAGGGAGUUGAGGCUCCUCAGCAUGGAAAGAGAGCCUUGAAUGUUUUUGGGGUGACGGUGUCAGACCUUUUAUCGAACAAACCUAUAUAUUUUUUUGUGAAUGUGGACCCUGCAGCCCGCAAUGCCAAAGGCCUAGGCUCAUCCUAAAGAUUAUAUUUCUGUUAGACAUCCUCAGAACACAGAUUCCGGAGCACCUUGGGACCAUUUGGACCGUUAAUGUACAGCUACAUAAUGGAGGGGAGUGUGUAUGCAAGAGUUCUGGUUCCUGUGGUCUCAUUUUUUUUAAUGUAGAAAUGGAAUGCAAUGUUCAUUUGUCAACCAUGUCCUUUGGUUGUUUGUUUUCUAGUUCAUGUGACUGAAUGAUGACCUUUUACAUGCUGUCAACCUGGCUGUCCCAUUAAAGCAAUGGUCUUACUUUCUUGCA